AAAUACAAACCCCGUCCCCAAUAGUUGUCUCCCUUGAAUCGAAGUUUGGAAGGAAAAUGAGUGACAUUUUACCCGGGAUGAUGAAUGAAAAAUACCGCAGUCCCCGGCGUAUGCCGUACACAAGCGAGAGUGACAGUAUGCUUUAUACAGGGGAAUACCAGAACAUACCAGCUGCUCGACCACAACCCUCACAUUCAGAACAAAUGAAGAAAGUUGCAGGAAUAGCAAUAGGAACUGGAAGUAUCUGGGCUUUCGAGUUUAUUUCGCAUCCUUUUAUAGUCAUGAGAAGAUCCUGUCAGAUUUUCUACCCGGCUCAGAGUUUGCAUAUUUUACCAAUAUCAGUUGUUCCAUUAAUGAUGAAACUCAACAGAAAUAAGCCACCUGUAUCCAUGUACAAGGGAUUUGUGAGCAACUUACUGUGUAGGGGAAUUAACAUGGUCAGUGAAAAUGUCAUAAAUGAGUUCACAAACUGGCCACUUCACAGUUCUUCAAUUAGUUCUUUAAAGAAGCACAGCUUACAUUUGUUACUGAAAUGGUCUGGAUUUUUUAUAACUACACCAUUUUAUGUAAGCAGCUUUGUGGAAUCUGUACAAAGUUAUGGGGCCAAUGAGCCACCAACUUUACUAGAUUUCCUACUGGAAGGAUGUAAUAGACUGUUAGGCAGGGGAGUACAUCAGGCAGCAUGGAUAAUUCCUAUGUGGCAGUUACUAAUACCAACAGCAACAUUCAAACUGUGUCAGUAUUGUGUACAAUCUCUGGCAUCAUAUGCCGUCCUCAGAGCAAAGUUUGAAAAACAACAGGAAAAUUCAGAUAACUCGACGCCGGUAGAUAGUGACGUUUCGACAAUAUCUCUAUACGACCAACAAUUCCCCAUACUUCUAGCAACUUUUACCGGAACAUUUCUCGCUGACCUGGUUUUAUACCCAUUUGAAACAGUUCUCCACAGAUUAUACAUUCAGGGAACACGAGUUCUUAUAGAUAACAUGGACAGUGGAUGUGAAGUUUCUGGUAUUUCGACACAAUACACAGGUGUUAUAGACUGCUUCCGGUCAAUAAUCAUUGAAGAAGGCCUUCUCGGACUAUACAGAGGAUUUGGUGCUUUCAUUUUACAGUUUUCAUUAUACGCAGCGGGACUUAAAGUUGUGCAAUACCUUUUCGAGAAAAUUUCAAGUUCGGACUACUCAAAUAAUUCAAAUGGUAACGGGCAUGGGCGGUGGCAAACUCCUCAAGGAAGAUUUUAAAAGUGUCAGCAAAUUAAUGUACAUGUAUGUGAUAUCUAUGUAAUUAUGUGUGUGUAUUCUAAAUAUACAUGCAGUUUGUUUUAUCUAAAUAACUACUGCAUAACUCAGUGCUUUAAAAAAGUCUUUUUCUGUAAGGUAUUUAUAGAAUGCUGUGUGGUAUAUAGCAGUUAUUUAUAGCCUGCUGCUUGAUCUUGAUCAAACUGAUAUCUAGAAAUAAGAUUUUUAUACCUGAAAUGAAUUAGAAACAAACUAAAUGAUUUGUUUGUAGUAAAAAUGAUGAUUGUAAAGUAUUUGUGAUAACUCCAUUUGGGGUCAGGAGGAGGGGGAAGGAUUUUGGGAGUGGGUGGUGAGGUAUAUGUAUGCUAGAUACAUGCCUGGACUGGUCUUAGAUAAUUCAUCAAGCUGUAUAUGUGUCCACAAAUAAAUGUAUUCUGUAUUAUAGUAGUGUUUAAAUAACUUAAAUGUAGUAUUCCAUAUCCAAAUUAUCUUAAGGAUGUAAAAAAAGGACAAAAUACUAUAUUCUACAAUGU